AUGAAAAUUGAUUCAAGGUCUCGCAUUCAGUGUUUUAGUGAUUUACGAAGAUGGGUCGAUCUGCAGAAAUGGUGGGGAGCUAUUGGUGGAUCAGAUAAGGAAGACAAUUCUAUAAGAUCAUUCAAGAUAGAGUUUAAUGACACGAUGAUUGCCGAUUUGAAACACAGGUUAAAAAAUAGACGGCGAUUUACAAAGACUUUAGAAGGUACGCAGUCGACAUACGGUAUGAACUCUGAAUAUUUAGAAAGCAUUUUGAAAUACUGGAUGGAUAAAUACAAUUUCAAAAAGAGAGCAGAACUUUUAAAUGUUUUUCCUCACUAUAAAACAAGGAUUCAAGGAUUAGAUAUUCAUUACAUUCGAGUUAAGCCUAAAGUGAAAGAAGGGACACAGGUAUUACCGCUUCUUAUGUUACACGGAUGGCCGAGUUCAUCCAAAGAGUUUGUGAAAGUCAUACCCAUGUUGACAACACCAAAGGAUGGGUUUAAUUUUGUCUUUGAAGUUGUAGCGGCCGAUUUGCCAGGUUUUGGAUUUUCUGAGGCCACAAAUAAGCCAGGUUUGAGCUCAGUACAAAUAGCGAUCAUAAUGCGCAAUUUAAUGUUGAGAUUGGGCAUUGAGAAAUUCUACAUUCAAGCUGGCGAUUGGGGUUCGCAGGUUGCCUCACAUUUGGCGACAUUGUUCCCAAACAAUGUAUUAGGGUAUCACACAAAUAUGCCAAUAUCUUCAAGAGCAAUUAGCAUUGUGAAGUUAUUUAUUGGAUCAUUAUUUCCUAGUUUGAUUGAUUCAGGUCGACCAGAAAGAGCUUACCCAUUAAGUAAACAACUGUCCUAUAUAAUCAGAGAAAGCGGAUACUUUCAUAUACAAGCAACAAAACCCGAUACAUUAGGUUAUAGUCUAACAGACUCUCCAGCGGGUUUGGCUGCCUAUAUGAUGGAAAAAAUCGCGAUUUGCAGUAACAGUGACCAGUUAAAUACACCGCAUGGGGGAUUGGAGGAGUUGAAUUUGGAUGAUGUUUUAGACACAGUUACUAUAACCUGGAUGAACGAAUGCAUCGUCACAUCAAUGAGGAUGUAUGCAGAAAAUGGGAUGUCGAGUGACACCUAUCCUGUUCAUAAUAUACCUACUAAAGUUCCUACGGCAGCUAUUAAAUUUUUAUAUGAAGUUAUGUACCAACCAGACUGGUUACUGAGGGACAAAUAUCACAAUUUGGUUCGAUCUACUAUCGUGGACUAUGGAGGACAUUUCGCUGCUUUACAUACACCCAAAGAAUUAGUCGAUGACGUGUUUGCAGCAACGACUGAGUUCAUCAAGUUUAACAAUAAAAAAUCGAAAUAG